AUGGACGCGCCUACUCCCCAAAUCUGGGGACUUGGGCUCAAGCCCAAGAUCAGGUCUUGGGUUGGCGUCUUACGAGCACCAAUCCCCUUCCAAAGAGAACCAGCAUGGCACCGCGUCCCUACCGAAUACCUCCCUUCGCAGAACACCAAUCUUACCCGUAUUGUCAUGAGACGAACAUUGGACAUUGCCAAUGGAAUCCUGGAGAUCGACCCAGAGCUUCUUCGCGCCGAGCUCAGGUUUCUGCAGACCCAGACUCAUCGCUCAACUAUUCCUGCGAAGCGACGCAUUGCUGGAAACGACUGUAUCGAAACACAUGGGCUCUGGGGCGGAUACAAGCUGAUAACAUACACCGAAGUCCUUCAUCUCACUCGCGUAGCCACUAACAGGGGUGGCACACGGAUUACGUUUUUGGAAGGUUCCAUUACUGAUGUGGCCUACAAUUUCAAAGAGAUGGGAUGUUACAGCACCCGAGAGCGAGUUGCGAUAUGUGGCGAACGACCCCUGCCGGUCAUUGCAGAUGAGCCUGAACCUCUGAGCAUGCUUGAGCUUGACAAGUUCCAGGACGAGUCGGGCAAAUCGCCAACCAAGAAAUCACCGCUUCCCAUUGAACCACUCAAGGCCUCUCCUCGUUAUUUGAGCGAUACUGUCAUCAAGCUGAUGCCUGCGACGAGCCCCCAAGUGGCCAUUUCUCCUGUCAAAUCUCUUGGAUCACCUUCCACACCUUUUGUUGAUUCGCCUUGUUCAAUUGAAGCUACCCAGAGCCCUUCGCCACUGGCUCGCGUCAUCGCUCACGGUGCACCCUCUUCACCACUUGCUGAUAUUCCCUGCCUGUCUCCCGGCCCGACGAAGCACUUCUGUGCACCCUCAUAUGACUCUUCGUUCUCGAACUUGAACAACACUACGAACCUGUGCCCGUCACCUCAGCUAUCACCAACCAAGGUCUCCGAACCUAUUGUGCAGACACCUUCGAAAGUGUCCAAGGCGGAACCUUCAACUCCUCUUCAGACUGCUACUCCACAGCAGAAUGGCAAGGCUGGUCUGGGCCUAGUCGAAUCCAUUCCGACAUCGACACCCAAGCUCGACAAAUCCUCUCUGCAACCGAUUUCGUCUAUUGAUUCAGCUCAACUGAAGUUUGGGCCCUCCACUUCAUCUUUCAACGCGCCUACCUGGCUCAGUAGCACUAUUACUAGUAGAGCUAAACAGACCACCAAAAAGAUCACUCGACGCAACAGUGAACCUGUGACUCGCAGCCUCGUCCGAACACAGAUUGCCCGACGACAGACAAUCUCGCCUCGCAAGUAUGACUUUACGAGCGAGGGUGUCUUUGUGGCACAACACGAAGCUGCCUCCGAUGGUCACAACCCUGUUCCUAUGAACUUGGGUCGAACUCCCGAAAAGCCAGCUUCUUCCGAGCCUGCCUCGACCAUGACGACACCUGCCAUUUCUUGGGGCAAAAUGACAGGUCGCAAGUCUGGCGACGGUGUCCAGAGCACACCCGCUCCAAAGCGAGCCGGGAACAAAGACGGCAUGCGCAAAAUCGACGUGCGCCGACAUCCCAACAUUUUUCGAGCUUCUGGUCCUUCUCCCGUUUCCAGUCCUCCGGCAAUCAAUCGUUUGGCUGAGAUGGCUGUCGAAUGCUGUGGUGGCCAGGCUAAGGUCAUGGUCACCGAAGAGAAUGGCAGGCUCGUUGUUAGGUUUAAGCUACCUACCGAGUAUGCAUACUUGUUUCCCAAUAAUCAGGGCAUGGACGAAUCUCGCUUCACCACGACCCCUUCUUGCAUAUCUUCAUCACCACGAAUUACCUUCGAAGAAGUCAACGAACUUGCCUUGACAAACGGCCAAGAUUCGCCACGAACUGAGCAAGCUAUCUCGCCUUCUUCGAUGCACAAUGAACACAUCAUCUCAGCCGUAUCGGACUUGGCCAGUCCUCCUGUGGUGACUGUCGAGGAGAAUCAGGGCCCCUCGAUCACGACUCCAUCACCCGAGACCAAACUGAAUACUUCAUUCACACCAGUCAACCGAUCUAUUUCCCACGACGAAGCAGUUUCACAGACGUCGCCCGCCUCUGCUCAUCAAGAGCUUCACGCUACUUCAAGUGGCAGUUCCACUCAGCAUGGCAGCCAGCCUGCUCAACAAAACCAUUACGAAGACAGCCCGGGACGCGACUAUAUGAGAGACUUUAUCAAGCGAACUCAUCGAAACCGCCUUUCUACCACAGAAACCGGAUCUCCUGUUGCGCCAGCAGUGAGACGUGCACCACUCGGGAUUAAGAGUCCCAAUGUCGAAAGCCCCCAGAAGGGCAAGCGCAAGGCAGACACCGAGAACCAAGACUCUGACUCUUCUCUGAAGACAUCUAUUGCUCCUCUGCCUAAGAAGGUUCGACGAGCCAACAAUCCUGGCCCAGAGAAGAAAUCACUCCCCGAUCCAAAGGGAAAGGCCCCCGAAGUUGGAACUCAGAACAAUGAUACGAAGGCAAAGCCCAUUUCGGCUACAAAUGGUGGCACAACCACCGACAAACGCAGUGAGGAGGAACAGGCGGAAACUGGCACGGGAUAUCGCAGAUCUACUAGAUUGCGAGGACAGCAGCCUGGUUGCACCGCCAAAUCAUCCAUCCCAACCCCUAUCAAUCUACGAGGUCGACCCAACAGUGGUCGUGCUGGAUUCAACCGCACUCGAAAUGAAGAAAAGGAACUCUCCAACAAGACUCGCAAGAACACUCUCAAGAAUAGAGGCAAUGCAGAGUAUCCCGCACAGGUCUUGGCUAGGUACCAGGAAAAGGGACUCGGCGAGGAAUCCGGCGAAGCAAGUCGUGAUCCCGAAGAGCCAACUAAGGGAGCGAAUGGCCGCAAAUGUGUUGGAUGGAAGACUCCACUCGAAGCACACCAAGGUGAAGAUGCUAAGAAAUCCCGCAUCGCCACCAUGAAAGGCAAGAAUAUUGCAAAGGCAAGUGGCAGUGGCAUCGCGAAGCCCACGCGAACCAUGACCGCACAGAAACAACAGCGCACCGCCAAGGUUGCAGCAACUUUGGGGAUGUCCCAGAAUGGAACCCCAGCAAAACCAAGUAGAGUUACACGAUCGUCGACUCGAGUUCGAACAUGA